AUGCUGUAUGAAUGCCAGCACGAUGGCGUUCGUGCCAAAGGAAGAUCCCAAAGGUACGCACAGUUCGCUUAAAAUAAUUUAAUGACCAUUCUUAUUCAUAUUUUUGGUAGACGUGAGCCAAAACGUCUGCUGGUACCCAGGCUAGAAAAAGCCAAGUCAAGUCAAUCUUUUGACUACGAGUUAAUUUAGUAUUAUCAACUAUGUUGCAAACGUAAAUUAGCCCCCGUAAAGGGUAAAAAAGCUGACGUUUCGAGCGUUUGACUACGAGUUUGUUAUUUUACUCUAUUAUUUUUGGUAACUUGAUAGUUCAAUUUUUUGAAACGUGAACCAAAACGUCUGCUUGUAAAGUUCUUUAAGUCUUUCACUACUGAGGUAAUAUAAAAUAGAAUUAGCAUGCUCUCGCAUUUCAUUUCGUGAGAUGGUUGAUUGUACAAGGGACCAGGGAGAGUACGAUUUCAGGGGGAGGUGGAGGUUUUGUUCGAUUCUCGUAUUUCAUGUAUGUGACAUGUUGUCGUCUCGCCUUAUUUUAGAUAUUUAUGCCUUCUUUUAGAUUGUUUGCGAGUGGCUGUAGAUGUUUUUGAGGUGGUUUUUGAAAUUUUUGAGGUAGCUGUAGGUAGUUUUAGGUGGUUUUAGGUCGUUCCAUGUUUUAGUAUUUCCGGGUUACGUCAACCUUCCCCAUUCCCCGUUUCUCUGGGCUAGUUUAGAGUGUAGAUGUUUGAGCUGCACCUGUCCUUCACUACUGCACUCGUUAGCAUAGUAAGUAAGGCGCAGUAAACGGUUUUCUUCAAUACUUUCAACUAAUUCACAGUCAGGACGAGCAUCGGAGACAGAUUCCGAGUAAAUGUUUUCUAAAAUCUCUCGACGCCCGUCGACAGAUCUCUGUCAUUAGGCGGAAUCCGCAACAGUCGAGAUCACGAUGGCGAGGAGAACAACACAUAGACCUCUUAAUGAGGUAAGCGUCUAUCGAAGCACGUCUAAUUCUGAGCUACAGGCUGACUGAAAGCUCUUGAUUUUUUUCACGCACACAAAUAGGCUCAAGCUUUCGCUAGUAUUCACAUUCAGUUUGGUUCUUUUGAAGCUAAAAAUAUUUUGAAAUCGACCGCGAGUGACAACAUACAGCCAUGUUCGUCUGAUUAGUUCUGCAUCUUUCACCUGACAACAGAGUGUGUUUACCACAUUUGUUAUCUCUGUCUCACUGAUCUUCUGCUUUAUGUAAAACCGUCCGAAUAUAUUCAUGUAACAAGGAUGGGAACAUACUCAAAAGAUCACUGGUGUCUUACGAGCAGUUUUUGUGGUGGAUUCUUUUCUAGAAAUGGUCUAUAACGACAAGGAUUUGCUUAAAACCCGGUAUGCUUUGUCUCUGCAAAAAAUCUUUUAUCUCCCGUACCUCUUCCUUAACCUGAAGACUACUUCUCAGUCAUUAACGCUUUAAUUUGGCUGGAUUUAUUUCUAUUUGCUGUUCUUCAGCAGCCCCAUGGUGAGAAGUAUAUGUAAGCAAGGCAGCAAUAACUGUGCUAGACUAUGAUGGAUUUGGCCUCCUUUUUAGAACUCAUACCAUGUACAUGUACUCUAAUCUGAACAUCAUUUUGAAAGCGUGUGUUUGUUCGUUACUUUGUUUCAAUGUUUAUCUUUAGUCGAAAGCCUGUAGAUCAGCGGUAGAGUUAGGACGGUUACGAAACCAAUCUAUUUUGGCAUCAGAUCAAUUGAUGUGUCUGAAAGUUCUGCAGCUGAUGGAAGAAAUGAGAAAUUUUCUAGUUGAAGUUUUCAAGCUUUAUUUGAGGCAAAGGAGUGGCAUUGUUUUACCCUUGAGGCAGGACUUCAUCCAAGACCGAGUACUGCAAAACACUACUGGCUUAAUUAGGGUUGGCAAGGUAUUUUUUUUAUCCAGGUUUAUUUAUUUUCAUCUACCUUUUUAUACUAG